AGACCCAAAAUGUUCCUACGGGUGCUGCGGGCGCCGCACGGGACGCGAACCCAAGACGCCGGCUAGUUUAGACGCGGGUCAGCCCUGAACCCCGGACCCACGGUGCGCGGAAAUACCGACAACAGUCCACAAAUCUGCCUGAUCGCGCAACAGCCACCGUCAUUAUUCGUUUAACCCUGUUUCAGCGGAUUUUUUUGGUGUACGUACACGUUGCCCUCGGGCAGAGAUUCGCACCUCCUUUCCAGCUGCACUCUACACUAUCAAAAUGAAGCUCUCUGCCGCCAUCGUCUUCGGUUCCCUCAUCGGCUUCGCCGCCGCUUCUGAAUCUGUGCCCUCCACCUCCGGUGACGAAAAAAAGACUGCUGCAGACAUCGAACAGACUCUCCAGAUGGGCGAAGAAAAACUGAGGGGCCGCCUUGGAGAGGACAUGAAGGUUUUGGAGGACUUGAUCCGGAGCCUGGUCGAAGCGUUCGCCUCAAAGUUCGGAGUCGAACAGAAGGAGCUCGCUGAAGUCGCACAACGUGCCCUCGAAAACCCGAACAUCGCCAAUGAAGCGGGUCUUAAGACCGCUCUCGAAAGUCUGGCGACCGGUGGAUUCGACUUGUCCAGCUUGGAAGGGGUCCUUGAAGGCCUGAAAACCGAUGGGAUCUAAACUUUUCUUGACGUCGAUGGCAGCCGUCCGACGUUUAAGGGUUUUUUAACGCUUCCGAGUUGACCGUGGCACCGCUCCCUACGCUGGAAUCACAUAUUGGGUUCUCGCAGUGUCUUUCCACCUCUAUCCUUACGUGUUGAGCAGAGUCAAGGGUUCGACGAUGCGUCCAGCCACUUUCGACCGCAGGCUCAUAAAACUGAGCGCAAAACAUCGAGAGACGAAGGGUCGUGCGAAUCUGCAGCUUUUUUUCCCGUCUCUUGAGGCCGUGGUGGAAGGGAUUUAACGACAGUGUCCAUUUUGUAUAUAUGGAUGUGCCUACGACUCAGUCCUCGGAAACGAACAUGUGUUAUCUACCUUCGGUAUGGACAGAUAAAACGCUGUCUUCUGCUUCAGAGUGCCGAUGUGUGCUUUAGGCGACAAUCACAUCAACCGUGGAGGCCGGAAGCUAUCCUCUGCGUGCGACGAGCUGCCACUGAGGUGCGAAGGUCCCCAAUCACGCGCGGGUAGAGGUUACGUAGAGAAACCAGCAGAUAUUUGUUUCCCGAAGAGCUCUUGUACGCCAAAAGAGGAUCGCUGUUCAAAUCGUUACACAAAGGCCAGCCAAUGUGUCUUGGCAGUAGGUAGAAUGCCCUCCCAAUUGUAAACCGUAGCUCAUAGUGUAUCAGUCUUGAAUCUUAGUGAUCUCGGAGGAGGGUGUACCAUAUUGAUAUAGUGUCCGUAGACGGGCUUUCAUAGAUGCCGUGAACGUUCGUGCUAUGGAAUCUAGACGUGUGGCACUGACACAAGACGAAGUACUUGCAGUGCCUCGUGAAUCGAGCGGAGAAACCAUUUCUAUCGUUGAAGCGAGUGACAGUGGAAGAAUGCCACUCUUUCACUCAACUGCAGCUCCGCAGUACUACGAAGAGGUUUUUACUUAAGUUAUGACAAUAUGUGGCACCACCAGUUCUCGCGCUUCCAUGAAAAGAGAAUCAGCCGACCAUGAUUCGCGGUCUUCUGUACAUAAUGCAUUUGGGUUUGCGUGUAGUCACCAUGUCCGGAUGUCCCUACCGGCUGCUUCGCAAGGGACAGGGGAGAGAUGCUUCACAGACAUUGUGUGUCGGGUUUGCGAACAUCGGUUUGAGACACCUGACCGAUGAAACAUGAACAGUUUGUUGUUCGAGAACGCUCGCACUCGACAUGCCUAUACAACUCGUGGGCUUGAAUUGCCAAAAUGAUCCUCUGAGGAACGCAUUGGUUGAUGGAUAGAGAAUUCCUCGAUUACUGUCUACCACAGCAAAUAGUAUGCAUGAUCCCAGGAACCAUAUUGCAUGUUGCAUAGAGCGACAAGGGGUGACUGACCGCCGUCACUCUUUAGUUUUCGGUGCUCCGAGCCUCCUGACUUCUGGAAUUCACGGUGCCCCGCUGAGAGCAUGAAAUGAUUUCCUGAUGCGCGCACUACGGCUCAAGCGGUUGUUGCGGAACUAGCACGACAGAAAAUUCUUCCAACAUGACCUCUCGUUCUCCACAUUGUGAGCACCCAUCUGAACACGGAUUGCUGAGCGGUUUGUCUCCAUCGUCUUCGAAAUUGCGGUACGCCGCCUUUCGGGAAUUCAGUCCUCCAAUUAACCACUCACGCGCCUCAGGAUUCAAAUCCGUUGAGCUAUUACUUAGUGAAGAGUACAUGCAUUGUCCAACCCAGACCACUGAAUUCAAAAUAGAUCCUUUGAGUGACUGAUACGGAGCCAAACUCGUUUUUAUUACGUUGAUUUGGAAGUUGGAAGAAGGAAUCGUCAUUAAGCACCAGGUAUUCCUGGACACUCCGGCAAGGGGUUUGGUAAUGGCCUCCUGCACCUAAUGGUACACAUAUCAGUCACGUUGCUGUCGGUCAGUGCUCUCUUUUGUUUCUUGAGUCCUGUUGACCGAUGUGGAUCACAUGCCACAGAGAAGACCGGACUUUGCCCCCCACUUCCGUACGCCAGACUAAGAUAGCCCAAGCAACUCAAUCCUUAGGAACACGAUUUUCUCUUCGAAAGGAGCUCUACAGAGACCAGCAUACGCCGGAAGUGAAUCAUGUGAAGAAAUCCCUGCAGUCCACUAGAGGAAAGCCUCAAACAGUCGCCUGAAUACACCAAAUAGUCCUGCGUGAUACAUUUGAAACUACGAGACGAGACAUGGCGGAUCGAGGCAACUCCGUCCUGGCAGAGAUUCGCUUGUGCCUGUAACAGGGCACGUAUCGCCGGUGACUGGAAUCUUUCUCAUACAUCGCCAAGGCAGUGUCACCCUUACACCUUAUCGGUGCGCAGUGCUGGUCGAGUGCAAGAUGCUGGCUUGAAAACACACGAGAAGUGCACGUUGUCU